UAUACAUGGCAGCCAGCUGACACUGCGGACGUCAUAAUAGGCCCUAUUUCCGGAACAUUCUCCUCAGCUACCGGCUAUUUUCAAUAUGUGGCGAAACAAGACAUGCAUCAUCUAUGGGACCAACCGAAUUCAGUUGAUGAUGUGGAAGAUGCUCGUCGCAAAUAUCUCCAUAAUAAGAUAUUUACGGCCCUUGUUCCCCGUUUCGUUGACAACAAGUAUGACCAUGGCCCGUUCAAGUUAAUUUGCGACGAUUUCCGGUUUGGGAACAUGCUCGUCAACAACGCAUGGGACCUGAAGAUAGUCGCUGUGCUAGACUGGGAAUGGGCGUAUACAGCACCAUUUCAGAUGCUUUACUCGCCCCCGCGGUGGCUACUUCUGAAGAGACCAUUUGAUUGGGAAGAUGAGGAUGUUUCCAGUAUGGCGGCCCUCAUGCGCGAAUCCAUGGAGGACGGAAGAUUCUGGUUUCAUGAGUUAAUAUACUCCUGCUUCGAAGCUCCCGACAGCCGGGCCUGGCUUGCUCUUCGACAGCUUCUACCUUCUAUUGAUGAGCUCGCGACAGUUGCCGAUCCUGAGGUUGAACUGUUCGUGAACAGCAAGAUGGAGCAGCUAAAGCAGUAUAAUGUGGAAUGGGUGGCAAUGAAAGAGGAGCUCGAUAAAAAGGAGGCGGACUUCCAAGCACUCCAGGCAAGAGUAGAGGAGGAUGCAGUUUAA